GUGGCUAUGUCUUUCCUUUCUUUUAUGCCCCAUCUUUCUACACUUUCCACUUUUGGUACAUAUCCCUCUUCCAAGCCCUUCUCAACUCGUCUCUCACUCAGACUCUGACUCCACUCGCUCCUUGACUCAGUCCACUCCACAUGGCCUGAACUAUUCUCUCCCAGCAGAACCUGUACUGUGUUUUCUUAAUAAUUUUUUUGUGAUGGACUGGAACUCAAAAGCCACCUCAGAGUGGGACUGGGAGAAAUUGGCAGGGUUCAGCUCAAAGACAAUUGAUAUUCCAGAAUCGGUACAACCAUCAAAUCAUGAGCUUGAAGGAGGGGUUGACAACACAUCUGUUUAUUCAUCUGGAGGUGGUGGUGGUUUCUCAGGGUCUGAUUUGGGCCAUGGUUCUUCAUCUAGGAGCUCCAUCUCUGCUUCAGCUGAUUCCUCUUCCAAGGAAGGAAUUAAGAAAAGUGGAACUGUUGAUGGCUUUCCUAAAGAUUUUACUGAGAAGAAUGAGUGGACCAGGGCGGACAAUACUGGGAAAUUUCCAUCUUUGGGGGCAUCUAUCAGCUCUGGUGAACCAAUAAUUGGUUUGAAGCUUGGUAAACGAACUUAUUUUGAAGACUUGUGCAUGGCAAGCACCACUAAGACAUCACCAACAUCUGUGACUCCGACAUCCUCAACUGUUCCUGGAAAAAGGUCUAGGGCAUCUUAUCAGAGUACACAAACCCCACGUUGCCAAGUUGAAGGAUGCAAUAUUGACUUAAAGUCAUCAAAAGACUACCAUCGUAGGCAUAGAAUUUGUGAAAGCCACUCGAAAAGCCCAAAGGUCAUCGUUGCUGGUAUGGAGCGUCGGUUUUGCCAACAGUGCAGCAGGUUCCAUGAAUUGUCAGAGUUUGAUGAUAAGAAGCGAAGCUGUCGUAGGCGUCUCUCUGAUCACAAUGCACGGCGACGUAGGCCACAGCCAGAGGCAAUCCAGUUCCAUUCUCCUGGGCUGUCUUCAUCAAUAUAUGAUGGGAGACAGCAGAUGAAUCUUGUAUUGAAUAGGGUUCCAUUGUCAGCUGCAAAUCCAACAUGGCAAAGUGCAUGCAACGAUAACAAGGCCACACAAACUGGACAUUCUUUAACUAGGCCUACAAAAACUGGGGGUAUUGAUAGGCAGCUGAAAUUGCUCACAGAUACGCCAGAGGUUCCUUCCAUGCUACAAACAUAUUCAAGCAAGAUGUUGUCUUUUGAAAACAGUACACCUCAAGUCCUUAGUCAAGGUUUAGAGGCAUCUUCGUUUGCAUCUCAUGUUAAUGUAGCGCCAGAUCUUCGGCGUGCUCUCUCUCUUCUGUCAACCAGUUCAUGGGGUUUGAAUGACUCUGAAGGCAAUGCACUGGACCAGCUCAUGCCUGUUAAUCGAAGCAGCGUAGCCCAGCCAGCAGUGCAUGCAGAACUGCAAAAUUGGGAUUUUUCCUCAGCAGGACACGAGCAGGUGGAACAACCACCUCCUGAAUCCCGUGUGCGUUCAUUAAAUUACCAUAAUAAUGGCGGUGGCCAUUACCAGGAAUUCCAAUUGUUCAAAUCACUUAUGAAUCUGGCUGCUUUUAUUCCAAUCAAAUCAACUGAUUAUUGGAAAUUAGCACUUCCUAUGAAAUCACUGCAAGGAUUUUGUUGCAGUUUUGGUCAAGCUGGCAAGACAUCCAACCAGAGCACAAAAGCGACGUGUUUUGAAAUUGGAUUGUUUGCUAGUAAACAAGUUUUCUGCAACAUUCAUUGGUUACUUGACCGAAAUAAUGUUGAUCUGAUCUCCUUAUUGUUGAAAUAAUGUUAAUGGUCUGCUAAUUUGUCCGAGAGGACUGCCUACCAGGCUUUAAUUUGGCUAAACACUUGAAUAUUAUUAUUAUCCAGUGCUACAAAGCUUGUCUGGUAGUUUAUAUAUAACUUUUGGACAGCUUACUGCAUCUUUUUAAGAUCUUAUUCCUAAUUUUGCUCUCCCAAAUUGGAUGAGUUCCUAAUUUUAAGCAUGAUGAAUGGAUCUUUGUAAGUUUUAUCCCAAGUGAGAACUUUUAACCUUUAUUAAAGUUCCUUGUGUUCUCUUUCC